CCCAUGGAAGGCCCCCCCCCCUACCCGUACACCACCACCGUCGACUACCUGCGCUUGGCCGGGGAGAUCAUCACCCUGCUCACCGGCAUCCUCUUCUUCUUCACGAACAUCAAAGAUCUGUUCAUGAAGAAGUGCCCAGGCGUGAACUCCUUCUUCAUAGAUGGCUCCUUUCAGCUGCUCUACUUCAUCUACUCGGUGCUGGUGAUCGUCACGGCGGGGCUGUACCUGGGUGGCGUUGAGGCGUACUUGGCCGUCAUGGUCUUUGCUCUGGUACUGGGCUGGAUGAACGCGCUGUACUUCACUCGGGGCCUCAAGCUGACAGGGACCUACAGCAUCAUGAUCCAGAAGAUCCUUUUCAAAGACCUUUUCCGCUUCCUCCUGGUCUACUUGCUCUUCAUGAUUGGCUACGCCUCAGCUCUGGUGUCCCUCCUCAACCCGUGUCCCAGCAGCGAGUCCUGUGGCGAGGAGCAGUCCAACUGCACGGCGCGCACCUACCCCUCCUGCCGGGACAGCCAGACCUUCAGCACCUUCCUGCUCGACCUCUUCAAGCUCACCAUCGGCAUGGGCGACCUGGAGAUGCUCGAGAGCGCCAAGUACCCGGGCGUCUUCAUCAUCCUCCUCGUCACCUACAUCAUCCUCACCUUCGUGCUCCUGCUCAACAUGCUCAUCGCCCUCAUGGGCGAGACCGUGGGCCAAGUCUCCAAGGAGAGCAAGCACAUCUGGAAGCUGCAGUGGGCCACCACCAUCCUGGACAUCGAGCGCUCCUUCCCUGUGUUCCUGCGGAGAGCUUUCCGCUCUGGGGAGAUGGUCACCGUGGGGAAGGGCACGGAUGGGACACCCGAUCGUCGCUGGUGCUUCAGGGUGGACGAGGUGAACUGGUCCCACUGGAACCAGAACCUGGGCAUCAUCAGUGAGGACCCGGGCAAGAGCGACACGUACCAGUACUACGGCUUCUCCCACACUGUGGGCAGGCUGCGGAGAGGUCAGUGGGGUGCCGUGGGCUGGAG